AUGGAUAGCAUAGGUGGUGACGGUGAUGGUGCUGGAGCUUGUGGUGGUAACGGUGAUAAUGAUUUCAAUGAUUAUGGUGCUGAUGAUGAUGUCGAUGAUGAUGGUUAUGGCGAUGGUGCUGGAGGUGAUGAGGGAGAUGUUUGUUGGGUGGUGGGGGUUGUGUUGCUGCCGCUGCUAGACGAAAUACGUGGAAUACUUAUGCAAGCUCCACUGAAGAGAUGA